UCAGAAUUAUCGGAUCCCUCUGGCGUUCGGUUUCUGCUCCAGCCUCCAGACCUUACCUUCAGUUCAUCACCAUCCAGCCUCUGCCUUAGACAUCGCCGCCAGUGCUCGCCGUCGUCCCGUGCUUCUCCGGCCCUUCAGAAUAGGCCAAUAAAGAAUGGGUGACAAGAAGAAGAAGGCUCAAAUGUUUGUUCGGCUUGUCUCAGCUGCUGGGACUGGAUUCUUCUAUGUCAAGAGGAAACCUAGGACGUUCACAGAGAAGCUUGAGUUUCGGAAGUUUGACCCUAGGGUUAAUCGUCAUGUUCUGUUUACAGAAGCAAAAAUGAAGUGACAAAGAUACCUAGCAAAUUGCUGCUGCAUUUUGUGGACUUUUUGCAGUUUAUAUUAGAUAUGUAAUCUUAUAAACUUUUCUACCAUUCCGCCUCAUUUCCUUUGAAUUCAGAUUGACUUUGAGUCCUUGUUAUUGCUUAAUGCUAAGGGGUUUCCAGUUUCCACUUCUUGCUGCUUGUGCUUAAAUUUAGAUCUUUUUAGACUUGAGGGAACUUGUACGUUGAGUUCCUUAAUAAUUAUGUAUUAUCAUCAAAAUGUAACUCCUUUAUGUACAGUUUCCCCUUAU